AUGUAUGUGUGGUUGUCAUGCACACAUAUACCAUAAACGACCUUCAUUCAUUGAUUCAGCCGUCCUGCAAGCUUCCUUCACUGAGCGUACGCGUCAGACAACACACCGUCCGUAAUCAAUCAAAGGUCCCUCCCGUCCCCAGACACUCACACUCACUCACUCGUCCGGUCGGUCGUCGGUCGGUCAAGACACACAUAAAUACAGACAGACAGACAUACGUGCCUGCCUGCCACUUUCUUUGUUCCUUUUGACACCCGUCGUUGCAUUCAUUGCCACAGCUGACGGAGGCAUGCAUGCCGUAGCCAUCCUCCAUCUAGGCCUACCAGGCCAUCCGUCCAACCCACCUGCCCAGUCACUGAAUGGAGCACUUGCGUUUGUGGUGCCCCCUGCCGGCCGGUGAUGGGAAUGGUUUGCAGCCGGUGCCGUGAUUGUGGCCCCUGCUGGUGUGCUGCUGCUGCCCCUGCUGCUGCUGUCGAGAUGUGUCUUGGGUCGACCCGUUGUGGUCUCUCGAUUCCUCAGCUGCAGCGGGCCCGGUGGUCAGGUCAAAGCUCUUACGGUUGAGAGCAGCCUCCAUCACAGCAAAUGUCGCCUCUGACACACAACACACACACGCAUUCACAGAGAAAGCCCAUGGAUGAGCCGGGCGGUAUACAGGCAACAGUGGAAAGCGGUCACAGGGGCGUGCGGUGCGCCCGGUGCGUGUGGGUGGCAGGGAGGCAGGGAGGUUUACUGACUCACUGACUGACCGGGAUCGCCCGAGUCGUGAUGGAAGAGUGCAGGCAGGUUGAGCUCCCGGCACAAUCGGCCACAGACGUGGGUACGGGUGAAGUUCAAGAUCACCUCGGCAUGCCGCCUCACAUCAGACGAUAUCGAACACCUGAAGACAAUACAAGACACACACACACACACGUACAUACAGACACCACGCACAACCAACCAGACAGACAGACAGACAGACAGAGAUGGCUCCUCCCUCAGCCACACUCCGUCCUCGCUGCAAGAUCUUUCCUGCCUGGCUGCGAGCGCCUCGCUAAGUAGGUACCCCACGAGUCCCUGACUCACUUUCUGGCGUAUGUAUUGGGGUCGUCUCUGUUGGCGUCUGGUGAGAGGACAUCCGCCAGGUGCAGUGGGCUGGCGGCUUCGUCAAGUUGGGGGUGGCCGGGCGGCCCCGGCCGGGGCACUGGGGGGAAUGAGGGCGUCUGCUGGUGGGGGUGGUCAGACGACACACCACUCACACCCUCCUUCAAACGAGGAGUCUAGUAGGGUACACACACACACACACACACGCCACGCGGAAAUAAGUGGACUGUCUGUCGUGUGCCGGCGUUAAGGUGUGUGUGGUGGUACAGUACAUCAGGUUCCACUUCGAGAAAGAGAGCAUCCAGAGACGAGACGCCCCCAGGGAUGGGUUUGAUGAUGGGACUGGGGCACACCGAUGGCGGGGCAGACAGCAAGUCGUCAGACGACAAAGAACGACGAAGCUGCGACACAGCCCACAGAAAUCGAUGCAAUCAAUGCACUCACUUAUCAUGAGGUUGGUGAGGAGGCAUUGCAUUGCAUUGCAUUGCAUCCGUACGGUACCCUACCUGUGUGUUUUUGUCGCUGACCUCAGCGACGUAUCCAUGUGUGUUCAUGAAGACCGCAUGAGCGUAGCGGCUGAUCACCACCUGACCAUCAGAGCUGCACACAGCACAGACACACGGAGACCCGUCAAGUAAGGGAGUGAGUGAGUGAGUGGAUGGUGUUUGUUGUAUUCUCUCUUGUUUCUCUCUCCCAGCCAUGGCGUGCCGUGCCCUGACCGGUCAUAGAGGAAGUGUUGGAAGCAGACGAAGGCCUCCUUGUGCUCAGUGCGGAAGGCGAAUUGGUGCGGCUGCCUCUGCCUGAGGAAGGACCCCAGGAACAUGUCGGUCUCUCGAUCCCUGCCGCUGCCCCAGGGUUGGGACACCGGCAGCGACGGGGUGGCCACGGACGGGGUGGGCGGCUGGUGGGACAAAGUCGACACAGAUGGGCCAACAUACCCUCUCUCAUGUGCACCACAGGGGACCUUGUGACCACCACCACCACCACCAGCCACAGCAGGAGCAACAGCGGGUAGAUCUGGCAUGAGAUCAAAGGAUGCGAAGCUGUCGAGCACAAACCAGAGAGAGGGGUCCUUGACAGCCUCCUGGCCGUAGGCGUGAAGUGGGUGGACGUCGGGGGACGACUCGAGAGGCUGAGCGUCGGUCCCUGCCGCAGCUGCUUGCAUGGGAACCCUGCCCUUGCCUGGCUGGAAGGCGCACGACGGGGGCUGUGGCUGUGGCUGUGGCUCUGGUUGUUGAGGAGGGUGAGUGUGAGGGCGUUGGUGUUCAGGUGGGUGGGGAGGGGGUGGGGGUUGUGGGGCGCCACCAGACACCGUCCCGGCCUUAGGGAUGCGAUCGAUGAGAAGGACGAGGCAGCAGUCAGGGUGGUAGAGGGGCUGCGGCCGGUGGCUGCAGGCAUCGCUGAAGCUCUGCAGCCACCACGACACGCUGCUGCUCCACGACACAAAAUCCAUCAAGUCGCGAAGACGCCAUGACGGAUUGUAACGAGCCGUGCAAACACGCUCCUGAGCGGACAAGGCACCGGACACAACUGACUAUAGGGUGUUGUCAGUCAGCGAGUCGGCUGGCCCCACGCCGCUCCAGCUAGGUAUGAAAGUGUGAGUGUAUGUACGUACGUACCUUUUGUUGACUGCCUGUCUUGGGUUGGGGGAGUGUGGGUGGGUGCAGCUGGGCCUGCUUGACGUCCAUGUGGAGCCCCCCAUCGGCCCUGCCGUCAAUAACGCCAUCCGGCGGUGGUCGCAUGGUCUUGUCCCUUGUCAUGUCGCUGGAUGGCGGCUGGGACGAGGGUCUGGCAGUCGACGGGCUGGCCAUAGACAACGUGGCCGGAAAACUCACUAAACAUGCGCAACACGGACGUACGUACGUACACCACCGCCAAAGCAAAGCACAGCAGUCAGCCAUGCAAGUUGUGUUGAGGGCUCUUUGGUGCUCGUUCUUUCUCUCGAGCUUACCAAGCCCGGUGGCCAGAUCCGUGACGGAGCGCUGCAAUGCAGAUACAUAGAUGCGUUGAUGGUGGCUAUAAGGGAGAGGGGCUUGGUCGGCCAGUGCACUCAUUGCAUUGCCGUGUGUACGAGUGUGCGGAGGUAUAAAGGUACGUACCUCCCUCCAUGUCCUCAGUUUCCGCUUGUCUCGCUUGAAGUACCAACAGUUGUCGCGCGGGCUGUACGAGUACACAACGCAAGACUCACCUUCACGACUGCGGACGGACCAACAGACAGACAGACAGACAGACAGGUACAGGCACAACAACCACCAACACACACACAUAGGUUUGGUACACAGACACUCCAUCUGUCGACCUGCCCUGUCGUGUCAGUGGGCUGGCUGCCGUGCAUGGCCCCUCGCCUCCCCCCUCCCUCCCCCCUCCCUCCCCCUCCCCCUCCCCUGUGUGUGUGUUUGUGUAGGUGUGUGUGCACUAUAGGUAGGUAUGUACUUACGCUGGCGUGGAUCUCGAGCUGGAUUCCGUGGACCACGACCUUGUCAGCGUCUCGCUGGUCUCCCACUGCACAUCCUCUACACCUGACUCUGAAGGAAGGAGCGAGCGAGGGAAGGAGGAAGGAACCAAGGAAGGAAGCACACAUACACACAGAUUAAGAAACAAACAAGCAGGCAGGCAGGCACACACGGUGUGUCCAUGCCCCCAGCUACUGCAGAUAGAUACUUGGAUGCUACAUAGCAUCAGUAUGUACCUGGCUUCCAGCUUUCGAGGAGCUGCGCCACUUCUGUCCGCUCGAACUGCCUUGCAAUGUCGCCGGGGGUCUCGCCGUGCUGACCAAUCAAGCAGGCAGGGCAGCAAGCAAGGCACACGCACGUGAGUGAUUGAGUGACCAGAUACUCAACUAACGAAGGUAGCUAGUUGCUCACUGACUAACUGACUGGCAGGCUGGCCCAACCCAACUUACUACGUGUACGCCUAUCUAGCUUGCAUCCCUCCACGGGCCGGAAUGUGUCUACCUACCUACCUACCUACCUUGUUGCUUGCGAAAGCAUUGGCACCCGCCUGCGCAGCCGACCAGCACCUCACACAUGCAGACAGAUACACCGUGGGUGCACACGGGCUUGCCUGCCUGCCGGCUGACCUUAAGUAGGGCCCGUGCGCUCUCGACAUGGCCUCCCGAAGCAGCGGCGUGAAGGGGCGUGUGCCCAUCCUGCAGACAGGCAGACAGCCAGACAGACCCACAGGCAGGCAGGCAGGCAGGCAGGCAGAGAAGGGUGGAGGGAGAGCACCGACCGUAUUGCGUUAGCAGUGUCAGGAGGCAGACCUGAUCUUGUGCGUGUAUGUUACAUCCCGCUGCUGCGAGCAGCCCCACAACGUCGUCCUUGUUAUGGCUGGCAGCUAGGUGAAGAGCCGUCCAGCGGAACUGCGUACACACACGACACCACACGACACGACACGACCAGCCACGUCACACACACCAUUCCUCAGUCAGGCAGCACAGCCAUUGCAAUCGAUCAAUGCCCAUCAGCAUGCCCACCCACCCACACACCCACUCACUCACUCACUUGGUUCAUGGCAUUCAGUCUUGGUUUGCGCGAGAGGAUGUACUUGACCACAGCAACCUUGCCAUUCGCAGCAGCACACAUCAAUGGCGUCCAGCUUGCCUGCACACCACAGCAUGGCACAGACAGCACGGGCAAGGGGAAUGCCACGCGUAUACUCCUGCAGUGAGGCGGUCUUUGAGUAUAGAGAUAGAUCUUCUUGACUGGUAUAUAUAUAAGACCGCACCGCAUCGGUGACGUUGACCGAGAUGCCGUGUUCCUCGAUUGCCUCUGCCACCUUGACGAGAUCUCCCCGUCGGGCGGCAAGAAACAGCUUCCUACUCGCGCUCAUCUCUCAUACUCUCACCACUACGGCCUCAAAGCACCGAAUGCCA